UUUAUGACCAUUAUUUCAGCGGACUAAAACCUUCACAGCCAUGGCCGCCCUUUCACCGCCGCAACAACAUGAAGAAAAGGAACCGGUUUCACUUUCAAAGAAGAAAAGGCAAAAGAGAAAGAGAACAAAACAUGACCCUGAACUGGAACGAGUCGACUCGCUCCAUUGGAACUCUUCCCUUCCCAACGAAGAAGAAGAUGACGCCUUCUCUCUCUUCAUUGGCUCUGGGGACCUGGAUGGAGGCUUUCUUUCCCUUGAAGAGAUUGAUGAAUCUGAAUAUGGUUUAGACGUGCCUGGAGCUAAGAAGAAAAUUAAUAAAAAAUCAAAAUCAAAGAAACAAAAACUUGAGGACCUCACUGAGGGUUCUGGUGAAGAUUUUGAAGCUGACCCCACAGAAGGAAUGGCAGAGGAGAAGAAUGUGAAGGCCAAAAAAAAGAAAAAGAAGAGUAAGAAGAAAAAGACAAAGACUGUUCAACAAGAGGAUGAGCAUGCAACUGUUAUUGAUAGCAAAGACACUGAGGAAGAAGAGAUGCCUUAUGGAGAUGAAGCUUACCCUGAAUUUUAUGAAUGGAAUGAAUUGAGACUUCACCCUCUGCUUAUGAAAUCAAUAUCUCGAAUUGGUUUCAAGGAACCUACUCCAAUACAGCGAGCUUGUAUUCCUGCUGCAGCUCAUCAAGGAAAGGAUGUUAUUGGUGCUGCUGAGACGGGAUCUGGGAAAACACUAGCCUUUGGCCUGCCCAUUUUCCAACGUCUCUUAGAAGAACGAGAAAAAGCUGCAAACAUGCUUGAGGAGAAAGGGGAGGAAGCAGCAAAGUAUGCUCCAAAAGGUGUUUUGCGAGCUCUUAUCAUUACUCCUGCUAGGGAACUUGCCCUCCAGGUUACCGAUCAUCUUAAGGAAUUUGGCAAGGAUAUCAACGUUAGAGUGGUUCCUAUUGUUGGUGGCUUGUCCGCAGAGAAGCAGGAAAGACUAUUAAAAACAAGGCCUGAAAUAAUUGUUGGAACUCCAGGGAGAUUAUGGGAGCUUAUCUCAGGGGGAGAAAAACAUCUUGUUGAGUUGCAUUCAUUAUCUUUCUUUGUAUUGGAUGAGGCUGAUCGAAUGGUUGAAGCGGGACAUUUUCGUGAGUUACAGUCAAUAAUUGAAAUGCUCCCUAUGACCAUUGGUGCUACCGAAGGACAAUCACAAAAUACAGAGAAUUGUGUUACAGUUUCAAGCGUAUCAAGGAAAAAGAGACAAACAUUUGUGUUUUCAGCAACUUUAGCACUUUCUGCUGAUUUUCGUAAGAAGCUGAAGCGUGGUCCAUUAAAAUCCAAGCAGUCCACAGAGGGGCUGAAUUCUAUAGAAAUUCUAUCUGAGCGAGCAGGAAUGAAACCCAAUGCUGCCAUUGUUGAUUUGACAAAUGCAUCAAUUUUAGCAAAGAACCUUGAGGAAUCUUUUAUUGAAUGCAGGGAAGAAGAUAAAGAUGCCUAUCUGUAUUACAUUUUGUGUAUUCAUGGAGAAGGGAGAACAAUUGUUUUUUGUACAUCAAUUGCAGCUUUGCGUCACAUUUCUUCAAUAUUGCGCAUCCUUGGCAUCAAUGUUUCAACACUUCAUGCUCAGAUGCAGCAACGAGCUCGCUUGAAGGCCAUUGACCGUUUUCGUGCAAAUGGACAUGGUAUUCUUGUUGCCACUGAUGUUGCAGCAAGGGGCCUUGAUAUUCCCGGUGUUCGAACUGUUGUCCACUAUCAACUUCCUCAUUCAGCAGAGGUUUAUGUCCAUAGAAGUGGAAGAACUGCUAGAGCUUCUUCUGAUGGGUGCAGCAUUGCUCUUAUCUCACCAAAUGAUUCUGCAAAGUUUGCCUCUCUUUGCAAAUCAUUUGCUAAGGAAAGCAUCAAACGAUUUCCAUUAGAGAGCUCAUACAUGCCAGAGGUCUUGAAACGUUUAUCUCUAGCACGCCAAAUCGACAAGAUCUCACGUAAAGACUCUCAGGAAAGGGCAAAUAAAAGCUGGUUGGAACGUAGUGCAGAGUCUUUAGAGUUAGUUGUUGAAAAUUAUGACAGCGAGGAGGAAAGAGUGAAGAACUUCAAGCAAAAGAAAGCCAGCUCUGUUCACUUGAAGAAAUUACAACAGGAACUCAGUGGAUUACUUUCACGACCACUACGUCCAAAAACAUUUUCACAUCGCUAUCCAACUGCGGCUGGUGUUACACAUCUUAUACAGCAUCAAUUUGAAGAAUUGGCUAAGAAAAAUGGAGAUGACAACUUAGUUUCGGGUGAAACCAAGAGACGGAAGAUGGUGGUUAUCGGCCAAGAUUGCAUCGAACCACUACAGGCACUUCGGAGUGCCGGUCGCGAGGUGCUCAUGGAUGGAAAAGACAUGGCACAAAAACGAAGAAAUGUCGAGAGUUUGAGAAGAAAAAGGAAAGAGGAGAAGAAAUGUUUACGUGACCAGCGUAGAAAGCAGAAGAAACUAUUCGAAAGAAGACAGUGAGUAGUAGACGGCUUAUCUAUACCAGAAUCAAGUAUCCAUGGGAACGUCUGUCGGAUAUGUCAAAGAUGGGAUAUGUAUGAAGAAUUUUUACUACUAAGAAAACUCGAGGUGAAUGUCGGGUUCGAGUAUUUUUCCGGUGCUAUUGCAAUUGAAUUUUUAUAUGCUUUUCAUGUAUUUGGAGAGUUGAAAAUCCACAUGGCAAUGGCUUUCAAGAUGCAUCAAACAUGGGUGCACACAGAAUCUGAGCUUUACUUCAUAUUGCUGUGUAUACCACCGUUGUUAUUUAGUAUUUUGAAAGUUGAAAAUGUUUCUAGAGUUUCAUUCA